AUGAUUGCAUCACAUAAAGCUCUAUUAGUUCAUAAUUUUACCGUCUUACUCGAUUCCUCUGAUCUUCAACAUAAAAAGCUAAGAUUGAGACCUUUCAAAGCUACAACUCUUGAUAAUUUUUAUGCAACUCAAGGGUCAUUAAACCGAUUGAUGAUUUAUUUCGUUAGCACUACUAAGAUUUAAGUUGGGAAGCAGGAUGAGUGCUAGCAAUAUUUAUGGAAGCAGCUACUUAUUUUAGAUUUUAGGGGAUCAAGAUCGGUCUAAAGUUUGCUUCUGAUAAUCAGAGAGGGCAAAAUUUAAAUACUUCUCGAUUCCCCGUUUAGCCAUUAAUUUCCUAAUUGGUUCAAAUUUGUCCAAGUAAUUUUGGAAUUAGUAGUAAAUACAUUAGAUAGCAAUUUAUUUAGAUCUAAUUUACAAAUUCAUCAAAGCAUGAACUUUGAUUCUGCUGAGUAAUCAGGAGUAUCAGGAUUGAAUAAUUUCAAUCCCAAGUAUUGGAUAUGUAAUGGCUUAAUAUGGAGGUUAUUGGUGGGUGAACUAUCACCACGUAAUAAUUGA